AUGUCUCCUACCGAUUUCCAUCUCCAAGCCACCCUCGACCUUCAACGUCUCGCCAGCUGCCAAUGGCCCCUGAACUUCUGCAUUUCAGACCAUGUGCCGCUAGAGGGCUCUAUCUCCUACGACGAAGUGGCCAAGCUUGCCGACGUCCCCGAAUCCCAGCUCAUGCGCCUCGCUCGCCUGGCAAUGGCCAGCGGUCUCUUUCACGAGCCCAUCGCAGGUCAAAUUGCCCACACCCCCGUGUCCGCUGGGCUAAUCUCUAAUUCGCCGCUCUAUGACAAUAUGCUCUUCCUGACGGAAGCUAAUCUUCCCAUUGCCAGCAAAAUCGUUGAAGUGACGCGUGCGGCUUAA